AUGGCACGCAUCAACACUCUCACGUUCAUUCUGCUAGCAAUAAUAAUAGUGAUGAACGGGCGAGUGCAAGUGAAAGCCUUUCGUGUAGAUAUGCAGCGCGUGUGGAGUAGAAAUAUGACUAAUGCCGUCCACAGAAGUAACGCCCGGCUCAAAAGAUUAGAAACUGCAAUUAGAGGAAAAGCAUCUCACACCACCGACUUGGGAGCACCUGUGAAGAGUGUGCAAUCCGCUGGAGAAUUCAUGAUGACAAUGGGUAUCGGAACUCCGCCCCACAAAAUGAUUGCCAUCGUUGACACAGGAAGCGAUCUCAUUUGGACGCAGUGUAAACCCUGCAUUACCUGCUAUUCUCAACCCGACCACAUCUUCGAGCCAGCCAAAUCUAGCACCUACAACAAACUCUCGUGUUCCGCUCCCCUCUGCUCUGCCCUACCCACCAAAACGUGCACGCCAGACUGCCAGUAUUCUUACGCCUACGCAGACGGAUCAACAACUCAGGGCGUCUUGUCGAAGGAGACAUUUACCCUGUGGAACACCAGCGGAAAUCAGCAAUCCAUCCCAGGAUUGGCAUUUGGGUGCAGCCUUGACACACGAGGAGACACAUUUUCUGAAGCGGACGGUCUGGUGGGGCUUGGACGAGGUGGUCUCUCGCUCAUUUCACAGCUUGGUUCAACGGUUGGAUCGAAAUUCUCUUACUGUCUCACCUCCUAUGGCAGCAAAUCAAGCUCGAGUCCUCUCUUCUUCGGCAGCGCAGCUGACUUGAAUGGGGCAAAAGUCAAGUCUACGCCAAUGGUAAAGAACUCCAACCGGCCGGACCUGAACACUUUCUAUUACAUCUCUGUGAAAGGAAUCAGCGUGGGGACAACCUUGGCGGACAUUCCAAGAAGAACGUUCGAUAUAAGGGAGGAUGGAAACGGAGGGUUCAUCAUCGACUCGGGCACCACGCUGACAUAUCUAUCAGACACGGCCUUCGAUGCAGUUGCCCAGGUUUUGAAUGUCGCACCCGGAUUGACCUUAGCUGACAGCCGUAAUACCGGAUAUAGUCUCUGCUAUGGGGUGUCUGCAGGAUUUAGUCUUCCGGACAUUACAUUUCAUUUGGAGGGAGGUGCCGAUUACGUUGUGGAAGGGAAAUACAAUUUUCUACUGGAUCCGGAAUCUGGUAUGUUGUGUCUGGUAAUGUCGAAACUGGACCCCGAAACCUCAGCGAGUUUACCUUGCGUACUGGGAAAUUUACAGCAGCAGAAUCUACAUAUUCUCUACGAUAAUGAUAAUGAUAUAAUCUCUUUUACUCCUGCUAGUUGUGAAGAGUUAGCUCAGCCUAACUUCGACCCGGUUUCAGGAUCGCCGGCCUCGAGGACUCUGGGGCUUCUCAGCGUCAUCGUUUUCUUUUUAUUUCCUGUUAUUAUCUUAACUUUUCCAUUCUAA